AUGCUAAUGACGAUGGUUGCGGGUAUAGCCGGCAAUACGUUGCUCACCGCGCUUGCGGAGGCCUGGAAACAAGGUAGGGGUCCGCUGCGUCGUAUCAAAACUUAUCGAGGCUCGGCAGCGACUCUCGCGUUGUGUUUUCUUCUGGUAGCACCUAUCACCUACUUCUACCAAUUGCUCGUCAAGGAAGAAGUCUGGAUUUACAUUGGAGUGCAAUGUGUAAAUUCAUUCCUCGGAGGUGGCGUCUUUGUGUUAGCAACCGAUGUGAUGUAUUCAGUAACAACAAAGGAUAGACGUGCAACGACGAUUAUGUAUUGCUAUUUGGUUGAGCAUUUUAUCGGAGAUGGGCCUGGGCCUUACAUUGCGGGAGCUAUUGCCGAUGCAUACCGUGGAGAUGAUAAAGGGCCGGAAGCGGAAGUGGAAGCGCUUUUGAAAGCUUUCCGGAUAACAAAUCUAGUCGUCAUUCCAGCCGUGGUAUUUACAGUGUUAGCUUGCUUCUUUAUGCCGGGUGACUACAAGAGAAAUGUUGAAGCGGAAAUAUUGUUAGAUGAGCUAGAAAAAGAAGAAGACCCCGAGGGAUAUCAAGAAAAGCACAAAAGCCGG